GUUCGCUUAAUUCUGGAUUUUAUGCCAAUGUGUCUUCUGGCUUUUAAUGAGUAACAUACGUUUAAAAAUUUGAUUAAUAUGGAACCCAUUAAGGAAUAUAUUGGUGUCAUUGAAUAUGACGCUAAUUUCUAUGGCAUAGUUUCUGCAAUAAUAGCCAUAUUAAUUACUUUAGUAAUUUUUUUUGUGUUUCGAAGAAAACGAGUUUCAAGGCGCAAUGUACUUAUUACUGGACUCACAGAAUCUGGAAAAACAGUACUGUUUUCUAGACUUGUAUCAAAUAAGAAAGUGACAACCUAUGCUUCCAUGAAGGAAAACAUAGCUGUUUUAACAGUAUCAAAAAAUAAAACCAUAACUGUGAUUGAUGUUCCAGGAAAUGAAAGAUUGAGAUACAAAUAUAUCGAAGAAUUUCUCUUCACAACUAGAGGCAUAAUUUAUGUACUGGACAGUUUGAAUAUUCAAAAAGAAAUCAGAGAUGUUGCAGGAUAUUUGUUCAUGCUCCUUCAGGAGCCUUAUGUACAUGAUUAUAGGGUCCCAUUCCUGAUAGCCUGUAAUAAACAAGAUCAUGCUGUUUCUAAAAGUGCAAAAGUAAUCCAAUCUUUGUUAGAAAAAGAAAUAAAUGCAUUGCGAAUAACACAGACUGGAAGAUUGUCAUCAACUUCCACUACAGAAGAAAAGGUGUUCCUUGGACACAGGGGGAAAGAUUUCCAGUUUGCUGACUUAAAAUCCUUGAAGGUUGAAUUUAUUGAAUGUAGUGCUGCUGAGCCUGGUGAAGGUGAACCAAAAGAAAUCUUGAAACCUCUCUGGGCUUGGUUGGAAAAAGUGGCUUAAAUGAAGUUGUAGUUCAUUCGAAAUCUGAAUCAUCCUGCAUAAUAAAUUUUAUAAAUUUCCUCAAUUUUACUGCUAUAUAGUUUAUGGGGCUCUUCCUUCAGCAAAAAGUACGCUAUCCUUAACACAUUAUUUUUCCCUUGAAAGAAAUAACUCAUACCUUUUACUCCCCCAUACUAUUUAUUCAUGGCAUCCUUUUUGAGUUUUUUGGGGUAAGGGGGGGGGGGUGGUUAUGGGUAUAUGCAAGUUUUAUUGGAAAACAACAAACUAUUCCCACUUAUGUGUAAAAGCAUUAAUUAAUUGAAGUUUAGGCCCAAAUGGUGGUCCUGACAGUAUCCAUGUGUUUGUGAAGAAAUAUUUUCUGACCAAAUUUUGAAUAUAAUUGAUCUAAUAUGCACUCUUUCAAGUUUGGUCUGAAAUUUCAUUAUUUCCAUUUUAUGAACAAAAAAGGAAAACUUUCUGCAUCCCAAACUUCAUUGUAAUUGUAAAAUUUCUUGUUUUCCACCAAUUAAAUGCAUUAAAAUUUGAAAAGUUAAUUUUUAAAUUGUUCAUUUGAAGAAAAAUAUAAAACUUUGUUAAAUAAUACUUUUUAUAAAAAAUAAAUCCAGAUUUUCUAAACUGUCAAAUUUUUUUUAGCAUAAAAGUGCACUUGAUUUUCAGGUGAACUAUAUAAACUUAUAUU